UUAUGUCAAAUGUGAUAUAAAUUGAAACAGAUUGUAGCUUCACACUCACUGAUGUUUGAAUUUAAGUAAUGUGCUUGAUCUAGUAAGGGAAAAGCUCCUAGUUUGCUGUAGGAUGUAGAAUCUCCUGUACAACAGUUUGUUCUUUGUUACAUCAAGUGUUUCAUAGAUCUCACACAAGAUCAUUUCUAACAAUGAUCAUGUCAUAUGGGGAAUGGAUGAUUUUUCUAGGCUCAGUCUUAUUUUUGGCGAGUUCUGGACAAGGACAGGAAUGUACCACGAUAAUCAAGAACAUGGAGUACUCAUGUUCUGGAAGAAAUUUGACUCAAAUUCCCAGCAGUCUUCCCUUCACUGUUAUGUCUCUGGAUUUCAGUUUCAAUUUCUUGAGCUCUUUACAUAAGUGUGCAUUUCCAGUAUUGGUCAAUUUGCAAGUCUUGGACCUCACAAGAUGCCAAAUCAAGCACAUUGAAAAUGAUACUUUCUACAAUGUGAAGAAUUUGACUACUUUGAUUCUCACUGGAAACCCUAUUACAUAUUUUGGACCUGGAUGCUUGAAUUCUUUACAUAAUCUACAAAGACUAGUUCUUGUGGAUGUUGGUCUCUCAUCAUUACAGCUUCAAAUAAAUAACCUAACCAAGCUGCAGGAGCUUAGAGUCGGGACAAAUAACAUCCAGUCCAUGUCUCUCCCUUCAUUCAUGAGCACCUUCAAAGAGUUCAGUUUACUUGAUCUACAUGCCAAUAAUAUAUCCAUCAUAAAAACCGAUGACACAGUUUUGUUGCGAGAAAUCGGCAGAAACAUGACUUUGAUUCUCUCUAGGAAUCAAUUAUUACACAUUGAACCAGGAGCUUUCAAAGAUAUUUAUCUCAAGGAGUUUCACAUACUAUCUUCCUUUGUUUCAUUAAAUGCUCAAAAGGAGUGUCUAGAAGCUCUUACUGGUCUCAGUGUGGAUAAGUUGUUCUUAGGAAGUUAUAGAAUGCAAUGGAAAGUCAAGGUUUCAAAUGGAAGUUAUCUUGAUGGUCUUUGCUCAAUUCAUUUCAAUGAAAUAUAUUUUGUUCAGAAAGAAUUUUCUGACUCUGAAAUGCACUUGUUCCGUUGUAUGAUCAAUGCGACAAAAAUCACAGUGAAAAGUGGAUAUAUUAAAAGCAUGAAAUAUAUUCGAUUUCAUCGUCUUAAAGAACUGUAUUUAGGCCCCACUUUAUUAUCUGCUGUACCAUUGAUUUCACACAUACCUAGCUUAGAAAAACUAGUGGUGAGGAACAAUAUGCCCAUGAACUUUUAUGGUAUUAGUGAUUUGCCUCUUCUUAAGUUUGUAGAUUUGAGUGGAAACUUUUUGAUUUUGAAGGACUGUUGUUCCCAAUUUUUUCAAAGGACACCAAAUAUUCAUUACAUGAAUCUUAGUCGAAACUCAGAGAUAGGGAUUGCAGAUAAGCCAUUUUCUGGAUUAGACUUGCUUGAAGUGUUGGACCUCCACCAUACAAAACUAGUCCUAGUUUUUUAUUUUGGAUUUUUACAUGGUCUGAAAUAUUUAAAGUAUUUGGAUAUAUCUUACACAAGUAUUACUGUCACAAGACAAAUGAUUUUUCAGGACCUGAACAAUUUGACUGUGCUUAAAAUGGCAGGAAACAGUUUUCAUGGUGAUGCAUUGAGUUACCUCUUGCAAAACCUAACAGGUUUGAAUGUUCUUGACAUCUCACACUGUGGCAUUGAAGAAAUCUCCAGGAGAUCAUUUAUUGGCACCCAGAAAAUACGGUAUUUAUAUUUAAGUCAAAACAAGUUGAUGAUUUUGGAUUUUCUGGCUCUCCCAAACCUGAAACAAUUAACAUCACUUUAUGUCGAUAAAAACAGCAUUACUAGCAUCCCACUUCAUGUUCUUCAAAAGUUGCCCACAAAUCUUUCAGAGUUUGAUUUAUCUUCUAACCCCAUUGAUUGCUCCUGCUCCCAGACAGAUUUUAUUUGGUGGAUUAUCCAAAAUCAGAACGUUUUGAAGCAGCCGGAAAAUAUUGUCUGUAAAACCACAGAUUUUAGAGCAAAAGACUUUGACAUUCACAGCUGUGUGCACAAGAAAAGACUCACAAUUGUUGUAUCUGUAUGUUUUGUUACAGUAGUAGUUCUUUUGUCAUUCUUGGUUUAUAGGUUCCCAGUUUAUCUUCAGUAUUGCUGGAUUCUACUGAGAGGCUAUAGAUCACCUGGACAGCAAGAAUGUUCUUAUGAUGCAUUUGUGAUUUUCUCCAGCUAUGAUGAAGUCUGGGUCAUGAAUGAACUGAUGGAGAAUCUAGAGAACGGUGUUCCACCUAUUCAGCUUUGCCUUCAUAUGAGGGACUUUCAAGCAGGGAAGUCCAUCGCCUCCAACAUUAUCGAUGAAGGAAUAAUGGGCAGUCGUAAAAUCAUUGUGGUCGUGUCUCAACACUUCAUUGAUAGUGCCUGGUGUCGCUUUGAGUUUGAGUUAGCUCAGUCUCGCUUUAUAAUGGAACGCAAUGCCAACAUCAUAAUCAUCAUUCUGGAAGAUGUGGAAGAGAGGAAGACUAAGAAAGUGUUUGGACUUCAUAAGCAUCUGAAAAAGAACACAUACCUAAAGUGGAGCAGAGACCCUUUGAGUAACAUGAGAUUCUGGAUACGCCUCAGGAAAGCUAUUUUUGCCACAAACCAAUAAUAUUAAUUAGGAAACAUGUCAGUGUGGUUUUCCAGUCAUGUUACAUUUCAAAGCAGCUUUUAGUAACAGUUUUAAUAUGAUCUUAAAUACUUUAAAUAAAAGUAAUCUAAAUAAAAAAUAAUCUAAUACACCUCAGGAAACCUAUUUUAGAUCAUUAAUCUAUGUUUGUGAAUGUGCGUAAUUUAAAAUCAAAUAAACUUAUGCUUCAGUUGCAUGUGGAAAUGAAUUGAAGUGUAUUUUUUUCAGUGUUGCAACA